AUGUGGCCAGGAACGGUGCUGGACUCGCUCAGCGACGACCGCCCGGAGCUGUCCGCGAACUCACCCGAAGAGGCCCUUGAAGCGCUUAGGAACGGAGACGUGCAGACGUUGAGAGGGUAUCUUGCCAUGUGGCGCAGUUGUCGUGCUUACACCCUGCCGAAGGUGGUGCUGGAAUGCGGCAAGAUGAUCGACACUUACGGUCUAAGUCUGCUGGCGGUGGUGAGAUGGUGGCGGUUGGCGUCUCAAUAUGCUAACAAUGAAACCAGGGCUGCACGGACAUCUCUAUCUUUCCUAAUUUUUGCGGGAGCGGGCCAAGGCAUCUGUGUUGCGGGUGAAGCGGCUACCAGAGGUGCAGGCUGUCACCUCGACGAGGACCUGGAGCCCUCGGUGACCUGCACCGUGGACAUGGAGGUGGUGAUGGAUGCCGGAAGCCUGGAGGCAGUCGCUUACAUUGAGAGCAUUGCCACCUCCCGCGCCUGGCGUGGAGCUGGCCUGGCCUCUCGACUGAUGAGUUUCAUGGAGGAUAAGGCACGCGCGUGGGGCCUGCGGCUCAUCGCCUUGCAUGUCCACCGGGACAACUGGUCAGCGCUGCGCUUCUAUCAAAAGAAGGGCUUCGAGACGACGUCGGACUGGCUUGGCUGGGGCGACAAGUUCUUCCUUCUGCUGAAGCCUCUUUAUGCAGCGGAGGCUGUCGCUGCGAAGUGA